UCCUCUGGAGCAGAGAGGCGGGGAUCAGAGCCCAGAGAUGUGCCAGCUGGUCCUCCAAAACAUUCGAGUCCAGGACCAGAACAGAACCGACCGCGAGGUUGUUUCAACUGCAGACUGAUGGGGGCGUGUCGCGCAGGUAAACUCAGUGAGGUGCAUAAUUAGGCAGGGGGACCCGGGCUAUCAUUUACUCCUCUUCCUCUGGGGAGGAGGAGGAAGAGGCACAGUUCGUGAUGGGACACAAGCUGCGAGGAUGAGCCACAGAACCAGAACCAGCCCGAUCCGAGCCUACGACUUCCUGCUCAAGUUCUUGCUGGUGGGAGACAGCGACGUGGGGAAAGGAGAGAUCCUGGAGAGUCUGCAGGACGGAGCGUCAGAGUCCCCGUAUGGGUACAACCUGGGAAUCGACUACAAGACGACAACCAUCCUUCUGGACGGUAGGCGAGUCAAGCUGCAGCUCUGGGAUACAUCCGGACAGGGUCGGUUCUGCACCAUAUUCAGAUCCUACUCCAGAGGAGCACAGGGAGUAAUCCUGGUGUAUGACAUCACCAACCGCUGGUCCUUCGAUGGGAUUGACAGGUGGAUCAAAGAGAUCGAUGAGCAUGCUCCGGGAGUGCCUAAGAUCCUGGUUGGGAACCGCCUUCACCUGGCCUACAAGCGUCAGGUGACCACGGAGCAGGCGCAGGUCUAUGCCGAGAAGCUGGGCGUCACCUUUUUUGAGGUGAGCCCGCUCUGCAACUUCAACAUCACAGAGUCGUUCACGGAGCUCGCCCGGAUCGUCCUCAUGAGGCACGGCAUGGAGCGCCUGUGGAGGCCCAACAAAGUGCUAAGUCUGCAGGACCUCUGCUGCCGCUCCAUUGUCUCCUGCACCCCUGUCCACCUGGUGGACAAGCUGCCCCUCCCCCUUGCCCUCAAGUCCCACCUCAAGUCUUUCUCCAUGGCGAAUGGUCUCAAUGCUCGCAUGAUGCACGGACGCUCGUACUCCGUCACCGCCACUGCUCACCACAGUGCCGCCAAGAGGAGAGGAGGGGCACUGCUGAAAAAGCCGAAACUAAUCCGACCACCACCACUCAGCCCGACCACGCAGAGCUGCAGAAACAGCUGCAAAAUAUCCUAACAUCAGCAAUCGCACCUACGGCUAUGGACGGGACGUGGCUGAGGUCAAGUGCUCAUUUUUACGUUUUUGUGAAGCGCAAACAAAAACUGAUAUUUGGUGAUGCGAGAAGCAUCAAGUUGAAUCUCUGAGCACAGAAAUAUGUUGGGUCUCAAAUUACUGAACCUGGACAGCUUGUUUAAUCAAUUUGUCUAUUAUGAUGAUGAGUGUAAAGACAGUGUUGAAAAAAUUAAGGAAUCUGUUGGGUCAGUAAUGUCAUUUAGUAGACUAUUUAGUUUGGCUCACACAGUCAGUUCAUACAUACAAUUUGCAUAUAAAAGUCACACUUUUUAAAGACAAAUGUUUUCAAAAUGCUGUCAAAUUUGUAUAAUUAUAACUGUCCAAAAUGAUCUGAUUAAAAAAAAGGUAAUUGUAGAUUUUUUUUCUUUCUGACACAAAAUCAUAAUUUGCUUUAAGAAGUUGUUUUUCUUCUUCAAGACUUUUACUCUGAUCAUGAUUCUUAAAGAUUUACUGCUUCCUUCCUCAGAUAUUCCCUAGUAUAUUUAAACUGAUUAAAAUAAAACCAGUUGAUCGUAUAAAAGCCUUUAACGUACAUUGGUCCAAAAAAAAAAAAAAUCUUUAUGAAGACAUUCAAAUUGUCAGCCUGUUGUCUUUCAUUAAUAUUAUUCACAAGUUUGGCUUUGCUGAUUUGGCGAGAAACUCCUUAAACGAGUAAUAGCUGAAUCUAAAGGUUUUGUAAAAAUGAUGUCCAACUUAUUCUAAUGUAAUUUCUGCCUUUGUAACUCUGCAACUCCCUCAGUAGUGACACCUACAGUCAAAAUGAGGUGUUGAUAUCUCCGCUGUAAUCACCGCCAAAUUUUAAGGUAACCAGAUUUCUUUUCUCUUAUGUUUCUGCUUUGCUUGGACUCUAACAUGACUCAGGUAAGGGGUUAAACAUCCGUGUCUCAGUUGAAUAUAUUCUGGUUUCUGUAACGAGAUGUGGACGCGGAAAUUUCUUGGACUAUGAUGCUUAAAAUGAGGUAAAAUUGUUGCUGAAGUUUGUGUACAAUAGGGGUAUAAAUCCUUGUUAUAUCGGAUGUGCAGCUGCACCGUUUGUUCAACAGUGACACCUACUGUUUGAGAGUAAAACUACAGAGUGUAAGGUACUGAUUGAAUCAGUUGACUGGGACUAAAAAUCCAGUUGAGUAUAAAAAUAAUCAUUUACUUACAUUAACUUACAUUUACUCAGAUAUUAUUCAAGUUUUUCAUAAUUUUCUAAUUGUACAUUUACUGGAAAAUUGGUCCAAAAAAUGUAGGCCCUUACACAGUUUUUACAUAAACAUUACAAUUUGUGUCAAAUUGUGUCUAAGUAAGUUUCCUCUCAUUUAUAUUUUUUACAUUUUCAGACUGAAUUAUAGCAACCAUCUUUUGUGUUACAUUUUAAAAAUAUUGGGAAAGUCAAAUAUGUUAAAUUGGAUUGUUGGAUAUUUAGAUUUUACCUCUUAAAUUCUGUAUCUUCUUUGAGUAUAAAUUCCUUGUUUAUUUAGUAUUAAUCUCUCUCAACAUUACUGACUUUGUCACUCGAUUUAUGACUGUUCGGCAAAUGUUACAUCAAUUUAAAAUUGUACAAACUUUUAGAAGUGUGUCAUUUAAAGUGACAUGAAAGUGAAAGUGUUCCUAAUGUUGCUUAGAAUUGCUUUGCUAUGGUUGAGUUUGAUUUUUACCAGAAAUCUGGAACCACCUGUACAGACUGAAAGGUAAAAAGUUGUAUCCUCUGGGUUUGGAUCACAGAGGAUCACCCACUGGCAUAAAAAUGUAUACAGGAUUGCAAAAGGCGCUUGCUGACUUUCAGGAGGGAUCUUCCACCAAACUGUGGAGCAUCUUUAUCAUCAGGAGGUUUUCUAUGACACUAACAUGUAUCAAACAGCACUUUGAAGCUGACGUUUUGCACUUCUCUCCUCUUACACCAACAUCUCUUUACCAGCAGCCAUUUGUGUACGAUAUUUGUACAUGUUGUAAAUAUUCCUGUUUGAUAUAAUGAUGAAGAACUGGUGUUUUGUUGCUGUUUUCAGUGGGAAGUUUUUCUGCAGAAAUUACUAAAAGUUUAGUUUAUCCCUGAUUCACAAUAAACUUCACUACCUGUUACA